UACUUAUAUUUCAAAAAAUACAUCGACUGCUGCUGAGAGCUGUUAGAUAGAAAUCAGGAGACUACGGAUUGGAGUGCUGGAACGAAAGGAGCUGCCUUUUGGAAGAAUCUUCCUCUAAAGCUGCCGAUCUGCUGGAUUUUCUGGAUGACGUGGGGCUGGCCUGGUCUAGGGUUUAUCGCUUUGUUUGAGCUGCUAGUUGACCUUGUGGAGACAGAUGAACCGAGUUCAUUGACUAGUGUGAAAAAUUCUAGGUGUCGUUUUUACUUUUUUGAACAUCGGCCAAGAAUGGGAACCAGCGGUGCUGCUAAAAUUCCUAUGAGCAGUGGUGAUGUUGUUGAAGAUUCUGAGACAACUGUUGAGAUAAAAAUUAGAACUUUGGAUUCCCAGACUUAUACUCUGCGAGUUAACAAACGUGUUCCCGUCCCAGCUCUCAAAGAACAGAUAGCUAUCGUAACAGGAGUGCUAUCAGAGCAACAGCGCCUAAUAUGCCGUGGCAGGGUUUUGAAAGAUGAUCAGCUCCUUUCAGCUUACCAUGUUGAGGAUGGUCAUACAUUACAUCUUGUUGUCAGGCAGCCUCACCAAUUAUCAUCGGCAUUUUUUGGUUUGGAGGAUCAAUCUGCUAAUUCUACUUCAGAUAACAUGCCAAAUCAUUCCAAUCCAGUUUCUCGUACUGUUGUUCUUGAAGCUGUCAACAUAGAUCAUGCUGAUCUUGAUCCUACAUUCCUUAAUCGGAUUAUGACUAAUAUACUGAAUUCUUUUAGCGCAACUAAUACUGGAAGUGGUAAUGUUGGCACUAAUAUUCGGGAAGAAAAUUUAGAUAGGCUUCCAAGAUCAUUUGGUGAUACUGGAGUUUCAAGCAGUCAGAAUCAACCACAUAUUGCUUCUCAAAGCAGUCAAAAUCAAUCAAAUAUUUCUUCUCAAAGAAUAGCGUUUGACAGGCAACAACCUGCUUUCCAAUUCCCAACCGCUGUUUCAUUGGGGUCCCAAAGCUUGCCAGCAAUUCCACAUUCCUUGACUACUCUACAACAGUACUUGGCCUAUUUGAAGAAUGUGUUCUGUAGAGACAUACAUGGUUCUAACGGUUCAAAUGCCCUCUUUUCAGCAGAUAGUGAUCAUAAUAGCAGAGAUGCUUCUACAGUGCAUCAUAAUGAUGGUGGAGACUAUACCUCCUUACAUCAUCAUUCUUCUAGGAGAGAUGAUCUACCCUCUCCUGCAGCUCUAGCAGAAAUUUUGCAGGCGACAAGACAACUGCUAGCAGAGCAUGUUGAAGAGCGUCUGCUUGAACUAGCUAGGGAACUGGAGAAUGAUACAAAUAUAACAGAUCAAGAAAGGCGGUCAAAUGUCCAAUCUAGUGCAUUCAGGACUGGAUUUUUUCUGCAGAACCUUGGCUCUUUGCUUCUUGAGCUCGGUCGCACUACCAUGACACUGCGAAUGGGACAAGUUCCCGCUGAAGCUGUUGUUAAUGCUGGACCUGCUGUUUUUAUAUCAGCAUCAGGGCCAAACCCUGUAAUGGUGCAGCCUGUUCCUUUUUAUCCGGCGGCACCAAGUUUUGGUGGGAUGGACAUGGGAUCAACAAAUUCAGGUCAUGGACCAGAAGGUGAAAGAGUUGGUUCUGCACUUUUUCCUCGAAAUAUUGAUAUUCGAAUCCAUGCAGUCAGCCGUGCAGUUCCUGUUCCUUCUGCCAGCCAAAGUGGACCGGGGGAUGCACAGCCACAACAAGGAAAUUCAGAUUCAACAAGCACUUUAGCAGAUGAUGUUUCUGUUCAUCAGCCAGUUCAAGCUCGCCCAAACAGUGCAACUUUGACAAGAGAAAUUGGAUUAAGAGUUGUUCCUGUAAGAACAGUAGUAGCAAUGCCUGCUGGAAUCAGCAAUUCACAAUCCAAUUUAUCUGCCAAUUUAGUUCCAUUGCUGCAUCCUUUAAUCACCAGGAUCCAACAACAAAAUAGUGGUAGUGUAAAUGAUGCAUUGAGUGCUCAAGCAUUUCCUUUUAAUCAGGGCGGUGUUGAAGCCAAUCAAGAGUCUUUUCCUGAUUCCGUGAGGCAAAUUUUAGAAUCUUAUGUUGGGGGUUUUGUACAGGAGACUCAGGCUCCAUCCUACACCGUGCCAAUGGCCUCUGGGUCAAGUAUGCCACCAGCUGCACAAAUUGAGCGUCAAGGAACCCACGUUUAUAUUACCAGCCAACAAAUGCCAAAUAGUUAUAACGAGAGUUCCCAUGCAAACGAUGGUGUGGAUGUUGGCCAAUGGUCUUCGCCCCAAUAUCUGAACAUAUUUAACCAGACUUCUAGUACAGUACCUCUUGGAGAGCAAGUAAAUACUAGAGGUGUUGACCAACAGGGUUCUGCUUCUGGUUCUCAAACAGAACAAGAAAGUACUGAGAUGAAUUCUGAAUUAAACGAUGCAUCAGUAUCUGUGAAUGAUCAGGGGGUGUUAUUCUCUCAUUACCUUCGCCACCUAAUGCCAUUAUUAACACAAGAAACAGCUGUUUCACAAGAUGCUUUGACUGUUGACUCAAAUUUAUUGAUCUCAGACGCACAGACGGUGGAUUUGAAUGAUCCAAGUAACUCCCAACAUAAAAGAGAUCCAUUUGAACCACCAAGUGCAAAGCGCCAUAAGGGAGAUUGAGAAUGCUCCGGGCUUUUCCAGAUGGCUGCAUUUGCGAUUAGACGUCAAAGGCCAUCUGUUUGUAAGAACCGCUAUUGAAGCAGCAAAAUUUGUUGUGGUGAUGCAGUAAUUAUUUGCAUAUUCUUCUUCUUUUGUACAUUGGGAGGAUCCCCCCCCC